UUUUUUUUUUUUUUUUUUUUUUUUUUUCGGACAUCACUGCAGCCGUUCUCUACUUCCUUGGUUUUUUCAAGUAUAUAUACUUCUGUUUGAUCAAUUGCAUUGUUGUACAUACGCUCGUUCAGAAUGGUGCGUCUGGGUGCUUCUAUCCUUUUCGCAUCGCUCCUGGCGUCCACUGCUUGGGCCCAGACCUGCGACACAAGCAACCAGUGUCCCGAAGACAAGCCCUGCUGUUCCCAAUACGGAGAAUGUGGAACAGGCGCCUACUGCCUUGGAGGCUGUGACCCCUUCUCCUCCUUCUCCCUCGACUCCUGCGUCGCCGAACCCAUCUGCCAAAACAAAACCUACACCUGGGACAACCUCGACAGCGCAGCCCUCAACACCAAGUACCUUGGCGACGCGAGCAAGUAUGACUGGGUGUACAGUGGCUUCCCCAAGGUCGACGAUGGAAACCUCGUCAUGACCAUGCCGAAUGGCACUGUGGGGACGUUGUUUGCGAACAAUCACUACAUUUGGUAUGGAAAGAUCAAGGGCAAGAUAAAGAGUAGCCGUGGGGCUGGUGUUGUGACGGCGUUUAUUCUGCUGUCGGAUACCAAGGAUGAGAUUGAUCUUGAGUUUGUGGGUGCGGAUCUGGAUAAUGUUCAGACGAACUAUUAUUUCAAGGGUAUUCUUGACUACAACAACGGCGGCAAGUCUGAAGUUGGCGGUGAGAACACCUUCGAAGAAUGGCACGAGUACGAAAUCGACUGGACAGAAGACUACAUCAACUGGUCCGUCAACGGCGAGGUGAAGCGAACCCUCGAGAAAUCAGAGACCUGGAACGAAACCGCCGGCCGCUACCAAUUCCCCCAGACCCCCUCUCGCAUGCAACUCUCGCUGUGGCCCGCUGGUCAGGCCAGCAACGCCGAGGGAACCAUCGAAUGGGCCGGUGGCGAGAUCGACUGGGACAGCGAGGACAUCCAGGACAAGGGCUACUACUAUGCGUCUUUUGGAGAGAUCACGGUCGAGUGCUACAGCCCACCUGACGGUGCUGAUAUCCACGGCGACAAGUCGUAUAUCUUCAAGGACGACAAGGGUCUGAACACCUCUGUGCAGGUGACCAACAACGACACUGUGCUUGCGUCGUUUGGUGCUACCGGUCUUGACCCUGACAUUGGCGCUGACAAGGACAACGAUGACAAGGAUGAUGACUCAUCCAGCGUCCCCAAGACCAACGGCGGUACCGGCAACGAGCCUGGCUCGGACGGCUCCUCCGUCUCUGACCACAGCCAGAAGAACGUCACCACCAACGCUGCUACCACCUUCCAGGGCGAGCGUGUGAUGCAGAGCUCGUUCUUCGGUGUCCUCGUUGCCCUUGUUGUCCUGAUUACCCUGUAAAAAAAAAAAAAAAACCUUCCCUUGACCUUUUUAAUUCCUGCACAUGCUUCUGUCACCCUUUUUUCAACGCACAUGAUUUGAAUCUUGGAUUCUAUCCUUUUUGCUAUAUACCAGACAUCUUUUAUAUCCUCCAUGGUUGUCUAUCCUAUUCGUCUUUGAUUUUGACUUUUUUUUAUUUGAAUAAUGCCUGGAUGCUCCGCUGUGGUUCAUGAUUCUGGGAGGAAACGACUGGAUCUUGUAUAACUAGUAACUUAACUUGAUCUUACCUAACUUAUUGAUAUCCGGAUUGCUGGAAGCAGUCGCUAAUAUUAUGAUUUGACAUUGCCAC